AUGGAGUAUGUCUUAAAGUGGGUGGAAGCUAUAGCCACAACCACGUGUGAUGCACAAGUUGUCCUUCAAUUCCUAAAAAAGCACAUAUUUACUAGGUAUGGAGUACCUAAGGGUCUGGUUAGUGAUGGUGGCAGCCAUUUUUGUAACAGACAGAUGGAGAAACUACUCCACAAAUAUGGGGUGAUGCAUAAAGUAGCCACACCAUAUCACCCACAGACCAAUGACCAAGCAAAGCUUGCAAAUAGGGAGUUGAAGAGAAUUUUGGAGAAGACAGUGGGAGCAACCAAGAAAGAUUGGGCCAAAAAACAAGAAGAUGCACUUUGGACAUAUAGGACAGCAUUCAAAACUCCUAUUGGGAAGUCCCCUUUUCAGCUGUUAUAUGGAAAAUCUUGUCACCUCCCUGUAGAGCUUGAACAUAAAGCUUUUUGGGCCACUAAAUACCUCAACCUGGAUUCUUAA